UUUAUAAAAUUUCGAUUUCCAAAUUAAAACUAAAAUAGAAAAUUUCCGCUAGGGUUUCCUCUCUUCUCUCCGAGAUCUCCCAAAUCUCUUCCCUUUGUCUAUCAAAUAUGAUGCAACAACCAGCAUCAGGAGGCGUAGCUCCGCCACCGUCCAUGGCACUUGAUCAUUCUCAAGCCCACCAGUACCAGCCACAGCCGCAGUCGCAGCAGUGGAUGAUGAUGUCUCAACAACAGCAGCAGGCGGGUCAGCCGGUUCCUCCACCUUCCGCUUGGAAUCCGCAACCCGUCCCUCCGCCCUCUCAGAUGCAGCAAUACACCGCCGGUUCCGCUGCUGUCGGCUCCGGCGAGUUUCGAUCUCUCUGGAUCGGUGAUCUUCAGCAGUGGAUGGAUGAGAAUUACCUCAUCAGCAUCUUCGCUCACACUGGAGAGGUGGUUUCAGCUAAGGUGAUUAGGAAUAAGCAAACGAGUCUACCAGAGGGAUAUGGGUUUAUUGAGUUUGUUUCACAUGCAGCAGCUGAGAGGAUUUUGCAGUCGUAUAAUGGGGUGGCAAUGCCAAAUUCUGAGCAGAAUUUUAGGUUGAAUUGGGCAGCACUCGGAUAUGGGGAAAAGAGGCAAGAAGAGGGUCCUGAUUACACAAUCUUUGUUGGGGAUUUAGCUGCAGAUGUUUCGGAUUACAUGUUACAAGAGACUUUUAAAGCUGUUUACCCAUCUGUUAAGGGUGCCAAAGUGGUUACUGAUAGGACUACAGGACGGUCGAAAGGUUAUGGAUUUGUGAAAUUUGGUGAUGAAACUGAGCAGAUUCGUGCCAUGACCGAAAUGAAUGGGAUUUAUUGUUCUACAAGGGCAAUGCGGAUUGGACCAGCUUCUAAUAAGAAGCCUGUCACUGGACAGCAGUAUCAGAAAGCUACUUACCAGAAUGCGCAAGGAAGUCCUGGUGAGAAUGAUCCAAAUAAUACCACAAUAUUUGUUGGUGGUUUGGAUCCCAGUGUUUCUGAAGACCAAUUAAAACAAAUAUUUAGCCAGCUUGGUGAGGUAGUUCAUGUAAAAAUUCCUGCUAACAAGAAUUGUGGUUUUGUUCAAUAUGCUAACAGGACUAGUGCGGAGCAAGCUUUAUCAGUUUUGAAUGGUACUGUUUUAGGAGGAAGAAAUGUUCGACUUUCAUGGGGACGUAGUCCUUCAAGCAAACAGUUUCAGGCUCAACCAGAUCAGGCCCAGUGGAAUGGUGGAUAUUAUGGAUAUGCUCAAGGAUAUGAAGCAUAUGGAUAUGCACCGCCUCCCCAAGAUCCUAACAUGUACUAUGGGGGCUAUCCUGGAUAUGGGAAUUACCAGCAGCCGGGGGCUUACCAGCAACCACAGCAGUGAGGUGCUGUCUAUUGAAACUGGUUUACUCUGAUCUGAUCUGAGGCACUUUCAGGUGUUGUUUUGAUCCGAUAUGUAUUAAGGUUGUGGGUUUUCAUUGGUCGCUGUACGAUGUCUGUUCUUCUUCUUCUUCUUCUUCUUUAUGAUGAUUUUUGCUUGCCUUUCUUGGGCUCUUUCCCAUCUCUUAAACCUCUCUUCUUCUCUGUGAUGUUGAAAGUUUUAUUUUUUUUUCCUAAUAUUAUAUACCUUAGCAGUUGUUUGGAUUGAUGCUUUUUAAUGGUUACUAUUAUUAUGCUUCCUAUGUGUCAA